CCGGUUUGACUGAGAGGCGCAAUGCUAGCAGGACUAGCACUGUUUAACGUUUUUUAAAGCCACUCCAAAAGCCAAAAAGCAUAUGAAAUGUUAAGAUAGUCCCAAUCGCGUUAAAAAACGAAUAAAACUGCUCGUUAAAUUCAAAAUAUAUCAUCUUGUUUACGAACUAGCUAAAAUGAGCUAACGUCUAUGGAUGCUAGGCUAGCUGGCUAACAAGCUAGCUAACGUUACUACUCAAAGUAACGUUAGCGUUGAAUGUCCACAGCUGAGUGAAUGGAAACGAGGUCACAGCAGAAUGUGAGAGCUGUGAAUGAAGCGUGUUUGUCGUGUUAUGUAACAGUAUAAAUCUCCGUGAUCAGUGUUAGCUCGGCCACCAUCAUGCCUUUCUUGUUCCUGGAGCGGUUCCCCUGGCCCAGUUUACAGACGUACACGGCGCUGAGUGCUGCCCUGCUGGCCGGGACCGUCCUGACCGUCUGCUCCUUCGAGUCCAGCCCGGAGAAUACCCACAGCCAGCCGGUCCACAGCUCCAGGGUCAGCCGCUACAUCAGGGAUGGGGUGCAGUACCUGAGUGCAGGGUAUGGAGAUGUGGCUGCAGAUGUUCUGGUGCACCUGCUGACUGACAGUGUCUCUGUUUGGGUGAUGGUCAACACAGCCUGCUGUGUCCUGCUGCUGAUUGCUAAACUCAUCCAGUGUGUCGUGUUCGGGCCGCUCCGCGUCAGUGAAAAACAGCACUUGAAGGACAAGUUCUGGAACUUCGUCUUCUACAAGUUCAUCUUUGUAUUCGGCGUCCUGAACGUCCAGACGGUGGAGGAGGUGGUGAUGUGGUGGCUCUGGUUUGCCGUCCUGGUCUUCCUCCAUCUCCUGGUUCAGCUCUGCAAGGACCGCUUUGAAUAUCUGUCCUUCUCUCCGACCACUCACCUGUCCAGCCAUGCGCGGGUGCUGCUGCUGUUGGUGGUGCUGCUGUUGUGCUGCGGUGGUCUGGCGACUCUCUGCAGCCGCCUGGCUCGUAGUCAAGGACGCCACAACGCCGCGUUCAUGGCUGCUGAGUGUAUGUUGGUGACUGUCAGGACGACACACGUCAUGUUUCGGUACUCCCUCCACCCGUGGGACGUGAACCAGGACAGCAGCAGGGAGAAUAAGUCCUCCUACGUUUACUACACCGACCUGCUGAUGGAGCUGCUGCUGCUGGGCCUCGACCUGCUGCAUCACAUCCACAUGCUGCUCUUCAGUAACAUCUGGCUGUCCAUGGCGAGUCUGGUGAUCUUCAUGCAGCUUCGUUUCCUCGUUCAGGAGGUUCAGAAGAGAAUCCGCCGCCACCAGAACUACCUGCGAGUCCUCCGCAACAUGGAGACCCGGUUCCCUGUGGCGUCUGCAGAUGAACUGGCAGCCAAUAACGAUGACUGUGCGAUCUGCUGGGAUGUGAUGAGUUCAGCUCGGAAACUUCCCUGCGGUCACCUCUUCCACAGCUCGUGUCUGCGCUCCUGGCUCGAACAGGACACGUCAUGUCCGACAUGCCGGAUGUCUCUGAACAUCGGUGAAGGAGGAGGACGUGUGGAGAGGGAAACCAGGGAAGCCGCCGCUGCUGACAACGUGGCUGCUGUUCCUGGAGCUGACGCUCGGCCGCACCUCAACCAGCUCAACCACUUCUUCCACUUCGAUGGUUCUCGCAUUGCCAGCUGGUUGCCCAGUUUCUCAGUGGAAGUUAUGGCCACCACCAACUUUCUGGGCAUUGCACCGGCCAACCCGUCGCAGAUCAACACCAUGGCUCAGCAGAUCCAGGAGAUGUUUCCUCAGGUUCCUCUCCAGCUGAUCCUGCAGGACCUGGAGAUCACUCGAUCCCUCGAGGUCACCACCGACAACAUCCUGGAGGGACGAGUCCAGACCACCGCUGCCCCGCCACUGGUCUUUGAGCAGCAGGUCAUACAGGUGACUCCUCCACCUGAGGAUGAGGCCGCAGCCAGCAGCGAGUCAGAGCAGGGCGGCGGUGAUGAGACGGAGGAGGAAGAUGAGGAGGAGAAGCAGAUUUCUGUGGAGGAGAAGAUGGAUGAUGAUGAUGACGUGGAGGUUCGGUUUUCUUCAUCGGCGGAGCAGCGACAGAAGCUUCUGCUGCAGAGGAGGGAGGAGCUGCUGCAGCGAGCGCGCAGGGACUAUCUGACCAGGAACACCAGCUCCAACAACCCUGACUCCUCCCUGGACAGCAACGCUUUGACCUCUGACCCCGUCACCCUGCGACGAGAAACAUUAGCAUCAGCAGCAGAACGGCGUCUGCAGAGACAGUCUGACUCCGCCCUCUGAGCCCAGACAGGAAAUGGGGUAGUUUAACUGGUGAGGAAGUUUUUUAUCGUCUGUGACUGCGUUUUUAUACCUGAACUACAAGGAACUUUCAUCAACUGGUGCGAGGACCCUACUGAAAUGCAACGAAUUAUUGGUAUUUAUGCAAAUGAAUCACAUUUUUGAGGGACUAAAGAUGCUCGAAAACUCACACGCCGGAUUUCCACUGGAUGCGUGUCCGUUGCGGAACGGCAGCGCUGGUUAUCCGCUGCGUGCUCCGCUGUCCGUCAAUACCCACCGGCUGCGUUUGCUGUGCGGUGCGGUGCAGCUCCGCCGGAAGACAUCUCGGUGCACUGCCAUGAUUAACAUCUCCUCGUCCAUGGUGUCAACGGGGUGAAAUGACGUCCGAAAACCUCUGACCUGUUGACUUCAGGCCUGCCUCUGCCCAUUAUGUAGUUUUCAAGGUGCAGUGCAGGGAAAUAUGAUCUGCCGUGAACACUGUGUAUUUUAUUUUGAAAAUUAACCGGAUGUUUUAUUGUGUUUCUGUGCACGACUUCCUGCCCCGCACGAUCUGCUCUGUGCUGAAUUGCUGCGUUGUGCUCCGGCGUCCGGCAAAAAUAGAAGUCCUGCGUAUCUGUUGCGGAGGGCUCCGGAGUGCCGGAGCUGAGACGGAGCCGGAACGCAGCACAGCCGCAGCCGGUGGAAACACACACAUUGACUAGAAUUGAAUCCUAUCGGCUCCGCUGCCGUGCCGGAGCGGAGACGCAACCAACACGCAUCUGGUGGAAAUUGGCCUACAGAACUUUGCACACGCAUCAGAACUGGUGAGGAACUUGAUAUUUUAUGGGCUCAUGCUCAGGUGAGACAAAAUGGCUUGAUAGCGCCCCCCUACAAUAAGUUUUUUUCAGUGAAGAAGAAAUUUGGCACUUGUAACAUCCUAAGACUGAAAAAAAGUCAGCUACUUUGAAUUUAAUGUAUAAUUUUAGUGUAUUUUUGGCCACUUCCAGGCGCUGCACUUUAACAAACUCCUCCUAAUCAGAUCAAACUUUUCAAGAUUUGGUCGAUACAAUCUUAAGACCUUUGUGAUGUAAAGUUGUAAAGAAGUUUGACUUUUCAUGGAAUGAUGCUGCCAUGGCGUGGCGGCCAUUUUGCUUGUUUCGCCAUGAAACAAGAAAUUGAUGUAACUUGAGUUACAUUGUCCAGUCUGCCCCAAAGUUCACGGCCUGAGCACAUCUGUAAAUCACCAAUGAAAUACCAAAACUAAAAUAGUAAAAACCAACUUUGGGUCAAAGUAACUGCGCCACCUUCUGGUAACAGGAAGUCAGCCUGGUGUGACGCACAUCAUUUAAACAGCAUUAAAUUUACAUUGUGCGCUCCACACUUGAUAUUCAGCAACUGGUGUGUUUGUUGCAUGAUCUCAGGUGCCGCCUAGUGGACACAGGAAGUGGUAAAGAAUUUGCAAUCCAGUAUUUCCAGUGCCAUGCACCGAAAAGACGUCUAAACAGUGUUUGACAGUUGCGUAAAUUCACAGCUGUGUCAACCAGCGUCUUGCCAACACCUGCAACAUGCAGGAAGGUGCAAGGUACCGUUCAUUGCUGUUUGCAGCUUUAAUUUUGUGUUGAUUUUUGGCGGCCCCUGCUGGCAGAAGUCAUAGUGUUUCCAUGGGCACCACCGCAUCAUGUUGUAAAGGUCUUGAUCUGGGAAGUGCAUGAAUUUGUUUUGGAAAUGAGUGAAAAAAAGAUGCAACUUAUUUUGAAUACUGUUUUUCUUUUUAAAGGUCGACUCCACCUGCGUGUUUUUUUUUUUUUUUCCCCUUUCAGAUUUUUUCAAAUGGAAACGUUCAGUUAGCCAUUAGCGGAAAACGAUGACGUAGUUUAGAGAGCUGAUAAUAAUAAUAACUGAAAGGGUUAGCUCUGAUUUUUUUUUUUACGUGGUCUUGCCAGGCACUUAUCCAUAGUCAGUGUAUCACAUACAGUAAUUGGGAGUCAGCACACCCCCAGUU